GGCGGAGCCGCUGGCUCAAUGAUUUCUACAGUACCGACCGCCCGACGGGUCCUAAAACCCUGCUCUGUGGAUGCUCUUGGAUACCGGGAGAAAACCAGCCAUUUGCGCCAAAGGGUGCUCAAUUCAGCUUUUACAGCCUGACUGGAAGGAAUCCUGCCACAACACACCACUGAGCUCUCCACCUGUGGUUCAGUGGGAUGAAGCAUUAAGAAACAACCGCUCUCUGUCUGUCCCCCCUUGGCCUGGCACCACCACCAUCUUGGCUGGGAAAUACAUGGUGGUCACUACAGCCUCCACGGAGGUGCACUGACACCCUCACCACUCACCUCUCCUCACCUGUCAAGUCUGCCCGGCAACAACAACCACAGCAAUGAGCUCUCAAAGCCGAUCAGGUGGAUGGACCAGCAACGAGCAGCCUGUGGAACUCCUAAAACCAGGAGCACUCAACCAUUUUGUGGACGUGAGCUCAGCAUCACUGCCCAUGCAGGUGCCCCCCGGCUCCUCAGCCAUCCUUCCCAUGGAUCUGCGCGUAGUGGACCACCACCCCCACCUCCACCAACACCACCACCACCACCACCAGCAGCCCUCUUUCGGCCUGGUUCCCCAGCCCCAUCCUACAGCGCCCGUCUCCACAGCGUGUCCCACGUCCUUGGAGCCAGGCCGCGGGCCAGUCAUCAACCACCAGGAGCAGCAGCUGCAGCAGGAGCUGGUGACGCUCAAACACAAGCAGCAGCUCCAGAGACAGAUCCUGAUCGCUGAGUUCCAGAGGCAACAUGAGCAGCUGUCGCGCCAACAUGAAGUCCAGCUGCAGGAACAUAUCCAGCACCAACAGGACCUCCUGGCCCUUAAGCACCAACAGGAGCUGCUGGAGCACCAGAGGAAGAUGGAGCAGCAGCGUCACGAGCAGGAGAUAGAGAAGAAGCAGCGGGAACACAAACUCCUGCAGCUGAAAAACAAGGAGAGGGGACAGGAAAGUGCAGUUGCUAGUACAGAGGUGAAGAUGCGACUUCAGGAGUUUGUCCUGAACAAAAAGAAAGCCCUGGCUCAGCGCAGCCUGAACCACUGUAUGCCCGGAGACCCGCGCUUUUGGUAUGGAAAAACCCAGCACAGCUCCUUGGACCAGAGCUCUCCUCCCCAAACUGCAUUGUCAGCGUACUGCCACCCAAUGCUGGGCACAUACGACUCAAAAGACGACUUCCCUCUCCGCAAAACAGCCUCUGAGCCCAACCUCAAGCUUCGUUCCCGGCUAAAGCAGAAAGUGACAGAGCGCCGCAGCAGCCCGUUGCUCCGAAGGAAAGAUGGUCCCAUCACUACUGCCAAGAAGCGUUCCCUAGACGUGGCCGAGUCUGCAUGCAACAGUGCACCCGGCUCAGGUCCCAGCUCCCCCAACAACAGCUCCAGUAACAUCCCCAAUGAGAACGGGGUCACCAUCUCCAGUUGCCCAGGAGAGGUCUCUCUGCUUCAGAGGUUGGCAGCACGAGAUGGUUCAGUUAGCCAUCUCUCGCUCUACACCUCCCCGUCUCUUCCCAACAUCACCUUGGGACUGCCUGCUAGCUCUGUGGUGUCAGGACACCAAGAUGGUGACAGUCGUCUGGCACUGCCUGCGUUACAGCAGAGCAUUGGUCUGACCCCUCCAUUCCUGCCCACUGCCCACCUGCCCUCCUACUUGGCAUCCUCGGCUCUGGACAGGGAGGGGGCCGGAGGGGGCACGGCUGGUCACAACCCCCUCCUCCAACACAUGGUGCUGCUGGAGCAGAGCCACAAUCCAAUGGUUUGGUGUCUUGCUGGCCUCCAGCUAACGUCGCCUUCUGUCUCCAAACUUGCGCGGGGCCACCGCCCCCUCGGGAGGACCCAGUCGGCCCCCCUGCCCCAGCAGCAGUGUGGACAGGCCCAGGCCCUGCAGCAGCUGGUUGUCCAGCAGCAACACCAGCAGUUCCUGGAGAAACACAAACAACAGUUCCAACAGCAGCAGCACAUCAUCAACAAGAUCAUGUCUAAGCCCGGGGACCAGGUGUCGGCGGUGGGCUCCAGCGCCUCGGGGCCCGGCCGGCAGCACCAGAGCCACCCAGAGGAGACGGAGGAGGAGCUGAGGGAGCACCAGGGCCUCUCCCUGUCGCCCUCCUCCUCCUCUCCUAUGUCCGCGCAGGAGACGGGGCCCCUUCGAGGGAUGGUCAUCAAGCAGGAGCCGCAGGACCCCCAAGAGCACGAGGAGAGAGAGAAGAGGGAGAGACUAAGAGACCAAGAGCAGGACUUCAUGUUCCGACAGCAGGCUCUGCUGUUAGAGCAGCAGCGGAUCCACCAGCUGAGGGACUACCAGGCCUCCAUGGAGAAGGCGGGAUUAUCGGUCAGCUUCGCCGGACACCGCCCGCUCUCCAGGGCGCAGUCGUCCCCCGCCUCCGCCUCCUUCCCCAUGGUGGUGCAGGAGCCCCCCGCCAAGCCUCGGUUCACUACAGGUCUGGUGUACGACUCUUUGAUGCAGAAGCACCAGUGUAUGUGCGGGAACACCACCAGCCAUCCAGAGCACGCCGGCCGCAUCCAGAGCAUCUGGUCCCGCCUGCAGGAGACAGGCCUCAGGGCGCACUGCGAGUGUAUCCGCGGCAGGAAGGCCUCACUGGAGGAGUUACAGACGGUCCACUCCGAAGCACACGUCCUGCUGUACGGAACCAACCCACUGCGGCAGAAACUGGACUGUUCAGUGAGCCCCAUGUUUGUGAGGUUACCAUGCGGAGGAGUAGGGGUGGAUAACGACACCAUCUGGAAUGAGGUCCAUUCAUCCAGCGCGGCUCGUCUGGCCGUGGGCUCCGUGGUGGAGCUGGUCUUCAAAGUAGCAUCGGGAGAACUCAAGAAUGGUUUUGCUGUAGUUCGACCACCUGGACACCAUGCUGAGGAGAGCACGCCAAUGGGCUUCUGUUACUUCAACUCAGUCGCCAUAGCAGCCAAGCUGCUGCAGCAGAGACUCAACGUCAGUAAAGUCCUCAUCGUGGACUGGGACGUCCACCAUGGUAACGGUACCCAGCAGGCCUUCUACGCAGACCCCAAUGUUCUCUACCUGUCGCUGCAUCGCUUUGAUGAUGGGAACUUCUUCCCUGGCAGUGGAGCACCUGAGGAGGUGGGCAGUGAAGCAGGCGUAGGCUUCAACGUGAACAUGGCCUUUACAGGAGGACUUGAACCUCCCAUGGGUGACGUGGAGUACCUGGCUGCUUUUAGGACGGUGGUUAUGCCGAUUGCCAACGAGUUUGCCCCAGACGUGGUUCUGGUAUCUUCAGGCUUUGAUGCGGUCGACGGACACGCUCCACCCCUGGGAGGAUACAAACUCACAGCCAAAUGCUUCGGCUACCUGACCAGGCAGCUGAUGGCUCUGGCAGGCGGUCGCUUGGUGCUUGCCCUGGAGGGGGGUCACGACCUCACAGCCAUAUGUGAUGCCUCCGAAGCCUGCGUCUCUGCCCUGCUUGGCAAUGAGUUGGACCCCAUUCCUGACGAGGUACUUCAACAGAGACCGAAUGCCAAUGCUGUCCACUCUAUGGAGAAAGUUCUUGAAAUACAAAGUAAAUACUGGCGCUCACUGCUGCGCUCCGCCUCGACACUCGGUUGCUCUCUGAGCGAAGCCCUUCGGUGUGAUGCAGACGAGGCAGAGACCGUCUCAGCUAUGGCCUCACUGUCUGUCGCCAACAAACACAUCGGAAAGAGGGCUGAAGAGGAACCAAUGGAAGAGGACGCUGUAAUGUAAAGAAAAAUCCCUAGCCUUUGACCACUCACACCAGUCUUUAUCUUUGACAGUGUCGUCAUCCUGUCAAUUGAAAUGCCACGCCUAUGUCUCCCCCCUGCCACACCAAGAUGGCAUCUUUUUAUGAGAGAGAACUAGCAGUGGCACUCAAUGGAAACGGAACACUGAAGAUGAGCGAUGCAUUCGCUGAUCAGCAGUGCACAGACUGAUCAGCAUAAAUGCGUCGUCUCUUGGAUUUAAGAGGAUUGACUCAGCCAUCCCACAAUGACAACCUCGAGUGCCAGUGCUUUUAAAACACUACACAAGAUGUACUUUUUGAAUGCCAGUCGGACCCAUACACGUCGUUGUCUACUUUUCCUAUUGUUCUGUUUUUUCUGUGCUUUAUCGUCACACUUUCAUUGAAAAACCACCAGAGCUAAUGAUUGUGACUCUGCUCUACGGAUGGAUCAUUCCUGCUCUUUUAAGAUAUCCGGAUAAUUGGGACAAAGUGUUCACAUUUUUUGCCAUUUUCCCUGAAGGGUCGAAGAUAACAUAUGGAAAAUGUCGGCGAUUCAAAUGACUGACAGUGAAAGACGUUUGUGCCUUUUUUUUCAAACCUGGUGGAUUUUUUCUUGAAAGAGCUUUGCCUUAAAUAACAGGUUUGGGAAAAAGACCUGUCUUCUCCCCAACUCCUUAAACUUUUCUAUCUUGGCAAGACAUCCGAUGCCUGCAUGUUGUUGGCACAUAGACCUUGGCAUGUUUACCUAUAUUUCCCUGCAGCCUACUGUCUCUCCCUUUGCAUUCAUCUUUCCUUUAUUGCCUUCAUUUGAAUGAUGGCAUUGUAGAAGGGAGUUCUCCGCCACAAGUUGGAGGUGGUUCACUUAGAGGAAGUUAGUAGGACUAUGUAUCAGAAACCUGAGUAAACAGCUUGAAGGGCUUCCUCAGACAAUCUUGUGUCAUUCAAGCUAAACUUCUACUCGGUUAAAUUUAGGUAACAAAACUGUUCUGUUGGGUACAAAAAUCAUGGUUUGGCUUUGAAAAAGUAAGUUAGUUGGAUAAUUAAGUGAAGGACGUUAGUAACAAAAAAAGUCCACUUUGACUCUGGUUUCACAGAGGACCCGAACUCUGGGCCUCUUGGAUCAAAGUUCUGUGACACAUUUAUCCAUUAAUACUUCCUCCAAAGGCAGACUUCUGCUGACUUCCUUAAGAAACAUAUUUAUAACACGUUUAAAAAAAACCUGGGGAAAACAAGUGUCACAUAAAACGUAUUAGACAAUGCAGUUUCGUUGUAGGGGAAUGUCAUGUUUAGGGAACCACGCUGUCUGUGGAUCAGCAUACAUGUUGCAUCAAUCAACUUUUUCACCUUUCUUACAUCGCAGCUGAUUCAGUCUAAUGUCGGGAGGUGUAGGGAUGUGAAUGUGGACCCAAGUGACGCGCCAUGAGCGGCAUUAGAGUCUCCUGCCAAUGGCCAGAAAGGAUAGGUACAUCUUAAUCACAAUGUACUGCACUAAAGCAACAGGACUUUAAGUCUAAGUAUACUGUAUGUAGUAGAUACACAACAGUAAACCUAAUAGACUUUCUCUGUUGAGUCAAACCACUUUUUUUACAUAAUAACCAGUUUCUCGUUUCUGAGAUGAAUGAGGGAAAUUGAGGAAUUAUUCUCAUAUGGGCCAAUUUGUUGAACCAUCCCUCUCUUUAAGACAACGGUGUCUCCGUGGUAACAAUGACCAAACCACCUGGGAUUUUCCAGGGGGGUGUUCCAGCCCUGCAUGAGCUCCCACAGCUGGUUUAACAUCUGCAGUCCCUUGUUAAGCAACAUCUGCUGCCCACAUGUCAGGUACUAUGAGGCAGGUGUGUACAUAUGUUCAUACACAGUGAAGCACAAACUGCUUUUUUAAAUAUUCGAGUGGAUACACAUGCUCUUUAUUUUUUUAAUUUAUUUAUCGUCCUUUUCUCUUGAGCAAUGACCCGGCUGGUGGGAUUAACCCAUGCAUAAUGGGUUUCCAACAACUUUGCUGAAUCUUCCUCCUCCUGCAUCUGAACGCUUAAUCACAUCUGCAUCACAAAUCCGUUACAAACACCUUAAUACUUAAGAAAAUAAAUAAAAUAUUGGCUAGUUUCCUUAUACUUAAAGCUUAAUAAUAUUGGGUUCUAUACCGACUAUCACUGCUGCUGGAUAGCUACAUUUGGUUUUCCAUUUUUGCCCAAAUUACACUGUAACCUAAUCCCAGUGUGCAGAAGUGGACUUCCUGUCUGUAGCCAUUCCUCCAACUUGUGUUUAUCCCCUGGGAUACUGCCGUCUCCCACCUUUAUCCAUCUACAAACUAAUCAUUUUUCAUGUGUUUUUUCAGCGAACAGACACAGUGCUGUUGCGUUUACUGUUGUUUACUGUACAUAGGACAUCUAUCUGAGUAUUCCUGCCACACACAUUUAUCAAUGACUACUUUGGUUGAUUCUCUUUCCUCUCACUUUUGUUGUCCUUUCAUUGGACUCCUUUUAUUCUUUUUUUCCCUCUGUCUCUGUUACAUUGUAAAGCUGACAUACUUCACGCAUGUGAAGAUCCAGACUCUGUUUUUAGCGGACAUCACAUGACUGUUUUCUGGGGUUUUGCGGGAGGGUUGGGAUGCAAAUGUUUCUACUUUGUAUGAUGAUCGACAAUUGUGUAUUUACUGUCUGUUCAUAGUAGAUUUAUAUAUAAAAGAAAUAAGUAUAUUAUAUAUUAUAUCUAUACAUACUGAAAUACUAUGAUCUUGUUUUUGAAGUUGGUAUUGAAAAACAGUACUUACAGUCGACCCUUUUGUAGGGUGUACCUGAAGGCACCGCUGACUGUCCUUGGUUACGUGUUGAUAAGCAUUUUUCUGGUUGUCUUUUUGUCUUUUCACACUGAUGACGAGUAUGUGGCUUUAUCCAUCCCAUUGGUACCAGAGAGCUGUUACAGUAGGGUGCCAUUGCCCUCCGCUCAGCCUCACAUCCAGGCACAUGUUCCUGCUUUUCCACCUUUUGAUGUGUCUAGAUACCAUUGUAGAGCUACCUUUUAAAGUUUCUGUAACUUUAAGAAAUGUGAGAGAAAAUUCUCAAUCUGGAUUCAACAUAUCUCAAAAAAGUAGUUUCUCCUUCUUUGCAAAUCCAUCCACUAACGAGAACAAAAAAUACAAGACAACAUUAUAUGGGUGGAUAAAUUGGAUUACCGCUAUGAACCCUAAAUUAAAUCCUACAUUUUUAACAAUGUCUUUGUCAAACAGGAACAUCUGAAACGUGUGUAUAUGUAUGUAUAUAUAUAUAUAUAUAUAUAUAUAUAUGUUUACAUUACAUUGUCAUAAGCUGAUUUACAUCUUCUAAAACCGCAAUCAGACUUCCAAAUAGUUAAUUGAAUGUUUGUUCAUCAUUCAUUUACUGAUUGAAUAUGACCUCUACUGGCAGAGUAAUGCUCUUAAAUCACAUCAACUACAUUAGUUUCCAUGACUUCUGCAGAUGACCAGACAGGCCAAAGUUCAGACGGUUGUAUUCCUGCUUGUAUGAUCGAUCUACUACUUUGCAAAUGUACCAGGAAACAAUGGAAAUGGACAAAAAGUAGGAUUAACACUAAGUACAGCAAGGAUGCAAGCAGUUUAUAAUUAUUUAGUGGUCUUAACUCCUUUCCAUGGAUGUGAUUUUUCUGUCUGAUCCCUUUGAAUCAGUCAGCUCCCCAAAAACGUAUUUUUGAAAGAUUUAUUUCUAUGACUUUUCUCAUGUUAACGUCAAACAUCUUUGCCGAUAGACAUAUUUGUGGUUGGAUUAUGACAAUGCGCAAGUCAUGCUUUACAGAAUCUCACCUGCAUUAGACACGCUGACAUCUCACCUCCUGUAAACAGUUUGGUCGAGGCUUUUUUUUCUGUAACCCAGCCCAGAACUUUCCCAGAAGCGUUGCUCAGCAGUGCCCGUCAGAGUUUCUGCUUUGGUUUCUCAAAAGAAGCCAAAGCUAGCACCGUCUGUCCUCACUGCUUGUCUUAACACAAUGUCCAGUAACAAAGAGAAAACAUUCCAUUAUGCUAUAAUUUCCAUUUAUUAGGAGGGGUCAUGUCUUUCUGUUUGAACCCUCAUAGUUCUGACUUCAGUCCUCCUUUCUCUCUGCAUGAUCCUAACGUCCGCAUGCCCCCCCACCCACCUGUCUUUCUGUCUGUCCCAUUCCGCAUAUCAGCACAAGAGAUCGAGCACUGAAGGACAUUAGUACUUUCACUGUAUCCAAACCGCCUCUUUUACUGCUUUCUUCUUUACGCCGGGGAGGAGUUUGGGUGCUUUCCAUGUUGUGCUUUUACCCGUAGGAUAUGGAAACAUGAAAGACUUCUGUUUAACAUUUUACAAAAGAAAAAAAAAAAGUAUCUAGCACUUGUAACACAGAUGUUAGAUUUUAUUGUAUUUAUGUAGAAAAACAAAUUGUUUUGGGGGGGACGCUUUGUAAACCACGACGACAGAGUGGACACUUUUUUUUAUUAUAAACCAGGCAGGAUGUGACUUUGGUGGACUCUUGGGAAGACAUGUUUUGUUCUUUGUCACAUCUGGACUUUUAUCAAAGGGCUCCAUCCAGGUGCCUGGUCAUUGUUACGGUUGUCCAUUCCACUAAAUAAUACGCCAGUUAUUGCUAUGACCACUGUGGUUAAAACAAACAGUUCUAGGUUUACAUAUGUAUAAAAUGCAUAUUCUUUUUUUUUUAUCAGAUAUGUUUUUGACUUGUUCCACCAUUGUUACAGAAAUAGUACAUUAUUUUCUCGGGAACCUUUGCUCUAACAUGUUGUCUUUGACAUCUACGAUAUAAAGUAUUGUUUUGGAAAACUGCAA